AUGUCGUCUUCAAAUUCUUCAACAACCAAGUCUGCCCUCGGUGUUCCUGGAUAUGCUCUGGUCACAGGCGCCGGCUCCGGGAUUGGCCGAGCAAUCGCCUUGCUCUUGGCGCGUGAAGGUUGCGCUGGCAUUACAUUGGCCGACUUCAACGAGAAGGCGGCAAUUGCGGUCAAAGAGGAACUUGUCAAGAUCGCAACGAACCCUGAGUUCAAGGCAAUCGCAGUCUUUGCAGAUGUUCGAGACGAGCAGUCGGUUAAGCUAAUAGUUUCCGAAACAGUCAAGGCAUUUGGCAGGAUUGAUUAUGCUGUCAAUUGCGCUGGCAUCGGCUUUAAGAAAGCUAUUGGCGAUACCGAGACAUCGGACUGGGACAGGGUCCUCGGAACCAACUUGACCGGUGUCUUCUUCUGCGUCCGUGAGGAGAUCCGACAGAUGGAAGCUCAAGAACCACGAGACAAUGGAACCUACGCUCCUCUACAGCGUGGCUCAAUUGUUAAUAUCGCAUCACUAGCUGCUGUCUCAGGUCUUUACCACUCAGGUGCUUACACUGCGGCGAAGCAUGGCGUUCUGGGAUUGACUCGAACAUCAUCUCUGGAUCAUCCUCAAGUGAAGCAAAAUGCAGUUGUUCCUGGCUGGAUUAAGACCCCGCUAACAGACGAACCGGGAGAGAUGAGAGACAACGCUCUGGACAAGGCUAAUAACUGGACCCCACUCAAGCGGUUUGGACUCCCAGAGGAAGUUGCAGAGGCAGUAGUAUGGCUGCUAGGUGACCGAAGCAACUUCGUGCAUGGUAACUUUGUUACUAUCGAUGGUGGUUUCCUUACACAAUAG